GCCCGCCCGCCGAGGUGGAGCGCGUCGUCCGCGCGGGCGCGCCGCUGCUCACGCUGUACCCUCUCGAGGACGGCAGCGUGGAGCCCGAGAGGGGCACCUGCCUCGACCUCGCGGUGCUGCACCGGCGGCACGCCGUGGCCCUGCGGCUGCUGCAGCUCGGCGACGAGGAGGCCCGGGCCCUGGCGGCGAGCAGCACCAGGGCGCUGGCGUGGGCAGCCCGCGACGGCUGCGAGGAGGUCGUGCGGCACCUCGUCCUGCUGGGCGACAGCCUCGGCGACGCCCCCGGCCAGCGGGACGAGAAGGGCCGGUCCGGGCUCCUGCUGGCGGCCACGCGCGGCCAGGUGCCCUGCGUGCGCCACCUGCUCGCCGCCGGGGCCCUUGAGCUCGAGGGCGGGGAGGCCGCCGAGGAGGUGAAGGGGUGGAUCAGGCACUGGAAGAUGAAGGCCGAGGACGGCCAACCCCUCCUCGAGGCCUACGGGAAGGCGACGGCCCGGGACGGCGUGGUCGCGGUGGCCUCGGAACGACAGGAGGCCCCGGCGCUCCCGCAGCAGCCCGGCGACGCGGAGGCGC